AUCUUUGGUUAAUUUCCUGGUCUUUUCAAUGCAGGUGGGUCAGAGAAGGGUAUAAAAGACCAGAGAUAUGGGCAGUCAGUGAAUUGUCCUGUGGUUCUGUCACACUGUCUCUCUCUCUGUCUCUCGUUAAGACUGGUGAGCUUGGGAGCAUGGUUCCUCCAUGGUGGACUCUGGUAGCUGUCUUACUUUCUCUUGUCUCAGUUCUAGGCCCAGUUGGUUCUGUUUCAACCUCUGAUACCCAUCAAAAUGUGUGUAAGACCUUCGGCAGUGGAGUCGUCCAGAUGUUCAACGGAACGGUAUUCUACAUCCGCUCCACCUGUCCGUUCACGCUGACACGUUUUACUCACAACCGGGUGGACUGUGACAUCACCAUGCGUCGAGGUGAAAACGGCCUGCUGGAAUAUAUCGAGAUCAACGUCAACAAGAUCCAGACCCGGAUUCUGUACAAUGGAACCAUCUUCGUCGAGCAGAGAAUGGUGUCCCUUCCCUACGAUCACACCUAUCAACAUGUGUUCCAGUACGGUAUCAACACCAAGCUGAGGAGCACUGUUCUACCUCUGUCUGUCAUCUGGAGCAGUGUGGGCGUGGGCAUCGACUCUCUCUGGGUGAAACUGGAGCAGGAGCUAGUCCUUGGAAUGACUGGACUCUGUGGACGACCAGAUAUACCAGAUGACCGUCAGCGAUUGAUUGCAGAGAGUGUUCUUUCAGAGGACGGGUGCCAGACCAUGGACUCCCUCCGCACUAAGAGCACGGUCUGUCAGAAGUUCUUCUCCAACUACAUUGAAUGUCUGCAGGCUAACACAAGCAAAUACAUAACUCUUUGUAAAGAGAAUAUUUACGGAUAUGAAAAAGAGCAUUAUGUAGGAUGUGCGUUCUACAAAGAAAUUGCCCAUCGGUGUCAGACCAGCUACGCUUGGAGGACCUUGACACACUGCCCUGAGUUCAGUUGCCCAGGAGAACUACACUUUGAGGAGCAGGGUGAUGCGUUUGUUCCCACCUGUUCCAACCCAGCACCUAGAACCAAUGAUCAGGACAUCACCAGCACCUGUGUCUGCCCCCAAGGUGAGGUAUUGAACGAUCGAGCGGAGGGCCAUGACUGUGUAAGUGUGUCAGCCUGCCCAUGUGUGUACGCCGAGAGGAACUAUGCACCUAGGGAAGAACGCAGAACAAAAUGCCAGACCUGUGUGUGCAACAAUGGCAAGUGGAUAUGCUCUCAGAACAGCUGCCCUAGUAGGUGUGUGAUUGAAGGGCAGUUUGUGACCACGUUCGAUGGGAAACAGUAUGCCCUUCCCGGUAAAUGCACAUACAUGGCCUCUAAGGGUUUUAAUUGGACGAUAUCCAUACAUUUUUCUGAGACGACGUCCUCCAUCCAAAACGUGUUUCUUCAGAUUUACCAGAAUACCUACAGAUUCUCUCACAACAGUGUACAGUUUGAGAAAGAGGAAAUUCGAGAGCUACAUCAGUCAGACAAUGCCAUGGUGUUCUGGCAGUCAUCCAUGUAUGUUCAGGUAUUGACAUCCUCUGGCAUGAAGAUCCAAGUACAGAUGUCUCCAGACCUCCAGCUCUAUAUCACACUACCACAGAGUGAAGUAGGGAUGCCAGAAGGACUUUGUGGAAACUACAAUAUCGAUACCACUGAUGAUUUCACCACAAGCAGUGGUAUUGUAGAAAAUGCAGCGGAACCGUUUGCGCUGUCCUGGAGUGUAGGGGACUGUCCUGUUAACAUACCUAAAGUCUGCAUCACCACCGACAACGAAAUAUUUGCAGAUGAGAAGUGCCACCCCUUGAGAGACCCCAGUGGGAUUUUCGCCAAGUGCUACGAUCACGUGCCUACUGACAAUUACCACAAGGCUUGUAUCCAGAGAACGUGUACCUGUGGAACUGGGCUGCAGCAGUGUUUGUGUGUGGCCCUGGCAAAUUAUGCCAAAGCCUGUGCCAACCAGGGCAUCACAGUGGGUGACUGGAGAAGGGCCACCAACUGCACGGUAUCGUGUGAGAACAAUCAGAGGUUUGACUACGAAAUGCAGGUGUGCAACAGCACCUGUCUCUCCCUAUCCCGGCCAGACCCCAGGUGUGGGGUGGAGGAUGCACCUGUGGAGGGCUGUGGCUGCCUGGAGGGCACUCAUCUGACCGGGGGGCUCACCUGUACCCCGAAGGCCCAGUGUCCAUGUCACCAUCAGGGAGGAGUCACACCACCAGGACCUGUUAUCAUUGAUGGACGACAGUGCAAAUGUGAGGAUGGAGAAUUGCUGUGCUCUGAAGAUUGUGGUUGCACCCAGGGGAAGGUUUGUGUGCAUUGCUCACAAUUUUCAAUAGACACAGCUCAAACAACAUGUGCCAGUCUGAGCAAACCAACAAGUGCUGUUCAGAGUUGUACAAGUGGCUGUUACUGUCCAGGGGGCCAGUUGGAAGACCAUUGGGGUAUGUGUGUCACUGUGGACAACUGCACCUGUCAGUACAGCGGCAGAGUGUUCAAAGCGGGACAGAGUGUCAAGACCAACUGUAGAACAUGCACCUGCCACCAUGCCCAGUGGAGCUGUGUAGAUGAACCAUGCCCUGGUACAUGCCUGGUGUAUGGAAACGGACACUAUCAAACCUUCGACUCUAAAUGGUAUCGCUACGAUGGGAAUUGUCAGUACACAUUAGUGGAGGAUGGCUGUGGUAGGGAAGCUGGGUCGUUUUCUGUCAAAGUGGAGAGUGUCCCGUGCUGUGACGAGGCUCUGACCUGUUCCCGGACCAUCGUGUUAGACCUGCUGGGUAAUGUCACUCUGACUCUGAAUGAAAUGAAGGUGAUGAGACGGCUCCAAGGGGGAUGGGCUUCUCUGGAGGCGGAGCCUCUGUACUCCACCCACACUGUGGGCCUCUACAUCAUGAUCUCAGUGCCUUCUAGAGGACUAACCCUCAUCUGGGACAAACACACAAGACUUACCGUCAUACUGGACGACCGAUGGAGGAACCGAGUGUGUGGACUUUGCGGGAACUUCGAUUCCAAUGAGAUGAACGACCUUCAGAUAAGCGGGUCAUCGGUGGUGUCCAGCCCCCUCGCCUUUGGCAACAGCUGGAAGACGGCCACACCCCCCUGCUCUGACGUGACCAAUGAGGUGUUUCCGUGCCAGCGCCACUCCUACUGCUCCGCCUGGGCCGAGAGACGCUGUAUGAUCCUCAGGGGAGACACCUUUAAGGACUGCCACUUGAAGGUGGACCCAGAGCCCUACUACCAGGCCUGUGUGUUGGAGUCGUGCUCCUGUGAGUUUGGGGGGAAGUUCUUAGGUUUCUGUACGGCCGUGGAGGCCUACGCUGAGGCCUGCAGUGACCAGGAUGUGUGUGUCCGCUGGAGAACGCCAGACAUGUGCCCGGUAUAUUGCGACUACUACAAUGAGCAGGGCCACAGUAGCUGGCACUACGAUCCCUGUGGACAGAUCAAGACCUGUGGCAAAAACAACCUCUUCACUGGCAAGCUGGAAGGCUGCUACCCGAGAUGCCCAGCAGAGGCUCCAUACUAUGAUGAGAACACAGGGAGAUGCUCCACUUUGGACAACUGCACCUGUUAUUCCAACGAGACUAUUGUUAAACCUGGUACAGUUAUCAGGAAACCCACUGAGAAAUGCACUUGUGAACAGGGACAUAUUAACUGUGGUCCUGAUCAAACCACUACUACAUCUGAACCUACAACCACAACUACACAAUCAACUACAAUGAGAACUACACCUGAACCUACAACUAUACUGACUAUGACACCUGAAUAUACAACCACACCUAAACAACCUACUGCUACAUCUGAACCUACAACCACACCUACACAACCCACUACUACACCUGAAUAUACAACCACACCUAAACAACCCACUACUACACCUGAAUAUACAACCACACCUAAACAACCCACUACUACACCUGAAUAUACAACCACACCUAAACAACCCACUACUACACCUGAAUAUACAACCACACCUAAACAACCCACUACUACAUCUGAACCUACAACCACAACUAAACAACCCACUACUACACCUGAAUAUACAACCACACCUAAACAACCCACUACUACACCUGAAUAUACAACCACACCUAAACAACCUACUACUACACCUGAAUAUACAACCACACCUAAACAACCCACUACUACACCUGAAUAUACAACCACACCUAAACAACCCACUACUACACCUGAAUAUACAACCACACCUACACAACCCACUACUACACCUGAAUCUACAACCACACCUACACAACCUACUACUACAUCUGCACCUACAACCACAGCUACACAAUCAACUACAAUGAGAACUACACCUGAACCUACAACAACUAUACUGACUAUGACACCUGAAUAUACAACCACACCUACACAACCCACUACUACACCUGAAUAUACAACCACACCUAAACAACCAACUACUACACCUGAAUAUACAACCACACCUAAACAACCCACUACUACACCUGAAUAUACAACCACACCUAAACAACCCACUACUACACCUGAAUAUACAACCACACCUAAACAACCCACUACUACACCUGAAUAUACAACCACACCUAAACAUCCCACUACUACACCUGAAUAUACAACCACACCUAAACAACCCACUACUACACCUGAAUAUACAACCACACCUAAACAACCCACUACUACACCUGAACAUACAACCACACCUAAACAACCCACUACUACACCUGAAUAUACAACCACACCUAAACAACCCACUACUACACCUGAACAUACAACCACACCUAAACAACCCACUACUACACCUGAAUAUACAACCACACCUAAACAACCCACAACAACAAGAACCACACCUGAAUAUACAACCACACUUUUCUCAUCGAUAGUUACAGGACCUAGAAAUACUCAACCUAGUACAGCUGGGUUAGUGUUGAGUACUACCGCCGGACAAACCACUACUGCAGAAGCAACUACAGCAUACACUGAAACUACAACUAAAUUAACAUCUACACAACCCACAACUACAUUCUCAUAUUCUACAACCAAAUAUGUUGAACCAACAUCUACAACCGAACCAACUACUUCACAUACUGAAAUGACAACCGAACCAACUAUUUUUACUGAAAUGACAACCAAACCAACUCCUUUUACUGAAAUGACAACCAAACCAACUAUUUAUACUGAAAUGACAACCAAACCAACUCCUUUUACUGAAAUGACAACCAAACCAACUAUUUUUACUGAAAUGACAACCAAACCAACUCCUUUUACUGAAAUGACAACCAAACCAACUAUUUUUACUGAAAUGACAACCAAACCAACUCCUUUUACUGAAACGACAAGCAAACCAACAUCUGAAGGACCAUCAACUGAAGCUACAACCCUGUACACAAGUCAACCAACAACCUUCUCUACACGAUCUCCCACUACCUCUGAAUCGACAACAUCUGCGGGUCCAACAACCAUGUCAACAACAAUAUCUACAGAGUCUACAACACGUACAAUUUGUGAGUGUAGAGACCUGAAGAGGAACCAGAUAUGGGCGUGUGGAGAGAAGUGGACAGAAGACUGCAUCAAUAAGACUUGUAAGGGUGGGAAGAUAGAGAUGACUUCGGUCACCUGUCCGAAUCCAGUUCGCCCCACCAUGUGCCCCAGGGGACAGAUGGUCAGAGUCUCAGACGGAUGCUGUGACUACUGGAAGUGUGAUUGUCGUUGUGACCUCUAUGGAGACCCUCACUACAUCUCCUUCCAGGGUGUGACCUUUGACUUCCUGGAUAAUUGUACAUACAUCCUGGUCAAGGAGAAAACGCUGCGUCACCAUCUGACUGUUGCCGUGGACAACUACUUCUGUAUUCCCGAGUUGGACGGCUCCUGUGCCAAAGGCAUCAUCCUGCAGUACCAGAACAACACGGCCACUGUCAGCAUCGUACCGGAUGAGUACAGGGUGAAGUCGACUCUGAACCAGAAGAGCGUCGAGCCUCCCUAUGAGGAGAAUGGUAUCAGGUUUGAGACGACCGGCUAUAUGGUGUCUGUAUACAUCCCUGAGAUACGCUCACAUAUCUCUCUCACACCAUCCAACACUGUGACUGUCACCUUGGCCAUGGAGCAUUUCCUGCAUAACACCCAAGGACAAUGCGGUGUGUGCGGUGGGAGCUCUUGUGUGCGUAGAAGUGGGGAGUCUGAAGCUGACAGCUGCUGUGAUAAGACCGCCUAUGACUGGAUCUAUGAGGACCCCCUGAAGCCUGAGUGUAGCGCUGCUCCCAGGGACGUCCCUUGCAAUCAUACAGGCCCUCCUCCAACCACCAACUGUCCUGGCAGCCCCCUCUGUGACCUUCUCCAUCACCCAGUUUUUGCAGAUUGCAGUAGGCGGUUGGAUCUGAGCCAACUUGAGAGGAACUGUAGGUUUGAUUCGUGUGGGAGGAACGACAUGGCUUGUUCUCCUCUGGAGCAGGCUGUUGAGGAGUGUAAGAAAGCAGGCAUCUGUGUGAACUGGAGAACACUCACCAAUGGGACCUGUGCUGUAGGGUGCCCAACAGGGAUGGUGUACAGAGAGUGCCAAGGUCAAUUGGAUGACUACUGUCACGGAGGAGUCCGUGUUCAAGGGAGAGUACUGGAGGACGUUAAGGCUGGAUGUUUCUGUCUCAGAGGACAGUUCAGAGCUGAGGAGCACAAGAAGAUCUGUGUGUCGGAGUGUCCCUACUGCAAGGGUCCACUGGGAGAACACAAGCAGCUUGGGGAGACAUGGCAAUCCAACUGUCAGGUGUGUACGUGUAGCAACCAAACCAAGACAGAGGAGUGUCAACCUAAACCCCCCUCCCCCCCACCUCUCUGCAGUCAGAACUCAGUCCUGGUCACCGGCUGCUGUGGCAAACAAACCUGUGUUGAGAAGACAUGUAACUAUGACAGAAGGACCUACAAAGUGGGAGACAGAUGGACAGACCUUGCCCUGCCCUGUGAGUCCUAUAGCUGUACCAGAGAGGGCACUCAGACAGUGAGAAGGGUGUGUCCCCAUCAGAACUGCUCAGAGGAGGACAGAGUAUGGGACGAACAACAUUGCUGCUACACAUGUAACCAGACUUGUGCUACCAGGGUUUCUAGUGUGAACAUCACUGUAGACAACUGCACAGCAACACUACAGCUGCCCAUGUGUCAAGGCCAGUGUGGGACAGAGACGAGAUGGGUUGUUGCUCGCAGUAUUCUCCUACUGGAACAGAAGUGUGAGUGUUGCAGAGUGAGGAGUUAUGAGAGGAAGUCAGUGAAUCUGACCUGUACUGGAGGCUCCGUUAUGCCACACCUGUAUGCACAUGUUACCAGCUGCGAGUGCCAUAACUGCAGUAUAUUGCAGUAAACAUUGCCUUGUGUUCUGAACGUAUAUGCACACAAACAAAAAAAUCUAUAUUGAACUGUUAUUAAGAUGGUGACAAUGUGCCAAAUCAAUGUUUUUUUUAGAUUCUGCUACCUUCUUAUAAUACUGUCUUGGUCGGUGUGUUGAGGGUAUACUGUACGGUACGUGCAGAACAAUGGUUUCCUUAGUGUAAUAGGUUUUUCACCUAGUGCACAUCGGUCGAAGGCCUUUUUCUAUAUUGCAUAUACUCUGUUCCAGUGCAGGAAAUGGACAAUUGUAUGUAGCAUAUUGUUGAUUGUGUAUGUGUUCCAUAGAUUUCACAUAGGAAAUCUUCUAAUGAUCAACCCAGCACUUUUUAAUAUAAAUGACUG